CCCGGUUUCGUAUAUAGGCUAUGCAAGUGUGAAAUACAGAGUAACUGCUAUCUUCUUCUUCGUGAAGCUUCUUAGUUCCCGCAGCCAACCUAAAUUCAGUUUUCUGGCGGAAAAACUUUGAUACAAUUAGCAAUUUUGCUUGGGAAACGUGAAUAUUAGACUGAAAUCUCGUUUCCUACAGUUUCCGGGAUGAUUUCAGUUUCAAAAACGUCUCUACUUUUCCGAAACGGUUUUGGGGCGUUCCGAAGCGCGUUUCACAGUUUCCCCGUUCCAGGAAGUGUCGGAAACGAUACUGCGAAGCAACUUACUGCGAAGGAACUGCAUGAUCAAAUUCUUAAAUCUGUAAAUGUCGAAAGAUCUGCACCGCGAAAUGCAUGGUUGUGGUCACUCACUGAGAAAUGUACAAGCCGGGAUGACAUUAAGCUUUUGUUCAACGUUUUGCAGCAGCUUCGUAUAUUUCGACUGUCAAAUCUCCGGAUUCAUGACAAUUUUAAUUGUAAUCUGUGCCAAGAAGUUGCAAAGGCGUGUGUUCGAGCUGGGGCUGUGGAUUACGGAAAGAAGGCAUUAUGUAGGCAUAAUGUAUAUGGUUUGACUCCUACCGUUGGUUCUGCCAACCAACUAUUGUCUUAUGCAAAGGCACAGAAAAACGUUAAGCUCAUGGUGGACUUAAUGAGUCACCUUAAAAGUAAUAAUUUACCAUUACAACCUGGAACAGCAGAUAUUGUUUUCAGCAUUUGUUAUGAUGCUAAUAAAUGGGAGCUUAUUUCCAAGUACUCCAGAAGGUUUGUCAAGGCUGGAGUCAAAUUGCGGAAAACUGCAUUUGACAUUUGGAUGGAAUUUGCGUCUAAGAGAGGUGAUGUUGAGUCUCUGUGGAAAAUUGAAAAGUCAAGAUCAGAUAUGUACAAGCAGCAUACUAUCAAAAGUGGGUUCUCCUGUGCUAAGGGAUUCUUGCUUGAGCAAAAGCCUGAUAGUGCUGCCUCUGUAAUUCAAGCUCUCAAUCAGAGUUUCCCUGAUUCUAAAAAGCAAGGUAUAAUUGAUGAACUUCAACAUCUGGUCAGUGAAUGGCCUGCCGAGGUCAUAAAGCAUCAGAAGCAGGACAAUCGAAAGGCUAUAAUUGAUUCUUUGAAGGCUGAUAUUCCUGCUAUGUUUAGCUCCCUCUCGAACAUGGGUGUGAAGUCAAGUGUCAACUUAGAUGACCUAAAUAUAGCAGAGCCCGUGUCAUGUUAACUCUAUUUUGACAACUGAAUCAGGAAAAGCAGAUAUGAUCAUCAACUAAGAUGUUGCAUGAGACAGAUUUCAAGGUACUGUUACUGGUACAGUAAUUAGCUCACAGCUGGAGUGUUCGGCAAGUGAGCCUUGUUUCUCAACAAGUCAGUAUGGCCGCUCUCACCGAUUUUGAAGCUAAACUAUUUGAAUCUGUGGACUAAUAUGCAACUUUGCUUUGUUGAUCAUAUGAUGAUCGAAAGGAUUUGAACUUAUGAACUAAUGGAAGAUGCGGGUAAACCAGAGUACUUCGUUUUCUUACCUCAAUAUUUUUUGGUAAGUCUGUAACUAGUAAGAUUUAUACCUCCUGAUUUAUACUGCCCUGUCUGGUAUACAUCUAAAGGAGUUUUGUUCUACUGUUCUACCUUGUGUGGCAGGUAAAAGUUUUGAAUGUCGUAUUUGAUAAAGGAAUAAGAAUAUUCAUUAGCUUUUCCUAUAUUUUUUCAUAGAAUCCCGAGGUUCAAUUUUAGUUAUACUAGACCCAACACCCUACUUGUAGCAGUAGGUGGUCUUUUUAGAUGUGUGUUCUAAUUAACAAGUUGUAUUGUUUUUUCAAAUAGUUUUUUUUUCCGGAUAUAACUUUUGGUUUAAAGAAUGUAAUCAGUUUUGAUUUUC